UGACAAAAAUAUCUAAAGACGCUGAGGCAGCUAACUUUGUAGAAAUUAAUAUUUGUCAUUCUCAAAACUUCUGGCCACAACUGUAUACUGGAACAUUGCUUAUGUUGUGGGAGGCAAUUUGUCUGCCUAGGUCCUAGGGAGACUAGUAAAUGAGUGGACUAAAAGUCUGAUUUCAUAGUCCAAACCGAUAUAGACUCGCUGUACAAUAUUACAUCAGUAGGUCUACACAUCCAAAUAAUUCUGAGAAGAUUCGACACCAGAGGGUGCCAUUUAAUCAUCAGUGGAGGAACCAUUGUGAUUCUAGGUGGCAUGGUUGACGUAGCCUAUCAAUGUGUUUGAAUAAAUCGACAUCUGUACUGGUGGAUAUUGUAGCCUAUAUUGGCACAUAUUCCAUUUCUCAGGUGAAGUAAUCCAACAGUAUUAUUUGGUGAUUACACAUGCAUGCUGUGCAUAAAAUGGAGUAAAUUUGCCGAUGUGCUGAUCGAUUGACCUUUCAAGGCUACUAUUGCAUUUGAAUGUUUCAAACUAUUUGUAUUGAAAAUACAAUAUUCAAAACAGAUAUAUAAAAUAUUUCACACUUGUAUGACUUUUUUUUCAUCACUUUCUUUGGUUCACCAUGCUGUCAUCUCACACUGGAACUUUCCCUUGGAUGUCAUUCGUGAGGAGGAGAGGAGGGCUCUGAGGUUAUAGGUAAUAGGACGGGCUCUCCGUUUCACUGUGACAUGAAACGAAUAGCCAGAUUGCAGCCAUAGCAACGCCACUGGUGCUGUAUCCUAAAGUGGUUUCCACUGGAUACAAUAGGCUGGGGCUGCUUUGAACUCGUCGCCGCCCAGCCACGCAAAGGUUCCGAAGGCGCGCACUCUAUUCCCGCGCGCUGUUAUGGACGAGGCCGAGGAUGGAGAAGAUGAGUCCAAAUUCCAGCAGCCUCUAUUGUGCGGAACCGGCUCCGUUGGUGGCGGAGGCGAUAGGAACGGUCUAAGUUUGAAGAUGAAGCAAUUUACGCCAGGAGGGGGAGCAUCGUCAACAGCGCGCAAGAACUCCAACAAUGAGCUGUGGUUCAUGCAAGGCGAAGAUUCCGCACCUUGUGCUCCUACAGGCGCCACAAACUGUGCUCUGUUAUGCCAGGGAGAUGCUGCUGCCCGUGGCGGCUCAUACUAUAGGGCUGGAAGGGACUCAGCCACAGGAUCAGCGGUAACCGGGUUGGCUACUUGUUGGACAGGUGAAGGCACUACCGGUGUGAUAUGCAACAACAACGGAGAUUGCAGAAGGGACCCCAACAUUUCAGGGAGCCUGUCCUCCAUCGUCUCUAGGCAGGAGAAACGGACAGGUGGAAUCGUUGCACCGGACAACGGGAAAAGGCCAACCAGAUGUAAUUCCAGAGUCGCCAGCAUGGACGGUUCGAUCACCUCAGCCGGGUCCUUAGCACAGGGGCAAGGGCCCGAGGUGGCCGGGGCCACAACUACUGGCAAUGAGAAAAAGGACUCCAGAGUUUCCUUCUCAAAUGCCCCUAAUAGAAAAUCAUCGUCCUCUGUGCAGAACCAACAGAACAGGAGUUCUCUCGCAUUUUUUAAAUCUGAGGAUGGACCCCAGAUUGUGCCAGAUGAUGGGGAACCGCAGGACAAUCGGACUUAUAUGCAGCGCCAAUUUAGUUCCAUGCUUCAGCCUGGAGUUAAUAAAUUUUCCCUGCGUAUGUUUGGGAGCCAAAAAGCGGUGGAAAAGGAACAAGAGCGCGUCCAAUCGGCCGGUAAUUGGAUUAUUCAUCCAUACAGCGAUUUCAGGUUCUACUGGGAUUUCACCAUGCUGAUGUUCAUGGUGGGCAACCUCAUCAUCAUCCCCGUUGGGAUCACCUUUUUCAAGGACGAGACCACCGCGCCCUGGAUCAUCUUCAACGUGGUCUCUGACACCUUCUUCCUCAUGGACCUGGUCCUCAACUUCCGCACAGGCAUUGUAUUUGAGGACAACACCGAGAUCAUCCUGGACCCCAGGAAGAUCAAGAGGACGUACCUAAAGACCUGGUUCUUGGUGGACUUUGUCUCCUCCAUCCCUGUGGAUUAUAUCUUCCUGAUCGUUGAGAAGGGGAUAGACUCCGAAUUGUAUAAGACGGCCAGAGCCCUGAGGAUCCUACGCUUUACCAAGAUCCUCAGUCUGCUGAGGCUGCUCAGGCUGUCCAGGCUCAUCCGCUACAUCCACCAAUGGGAAGAGAUCUUCCACAUGACCUAUGACCUGGCCAGUGCAGUGAUGCGUAUCUUCAACCUGAUUGGUAUGAUGCUGCUGCUGUGUCACUGGGAUGGCUGUUUGCAGUUCCUGGUUCCCAUGCUGCAGGACUUCCCCCAGGACUGUUGGGUCUCUCUCAACAAGAUGGUGAACGACUCGUGGAGCGAGCUGUACUCCUUUGCCCUGUUCAAGGCCAUGAGUCACAUGCUGUGUAUCGGUUACGGGCGCCAAGCCCCAGAAAGCAUGUCUGAUAUCUGGCUGACCAUGCUCAGUAUGAUCGUGGGUGCCACCUGCUAUGCCAUGUUCAUUGGCCACGCCACCGCCCUCAUCCAGUCCCUGGACUCAUCCCGGCGCCAGUACCAGGAGAAGUACAAACAAGUGGAGCAGUACAUGUCUUUCCACAAACUGCCGGCUGACUUCCGACAGAAAAUCCAUGACUACUAUGAACACAGAUACCAGGGCAAGAUGUUUGAUGAAGAGAGCAUCCUGGAGGAGCUUAAUGAACCACUGCGGGAGGAAAUUGUCAACUUCAACUGCCGUAAGCUGGUGGCAUCCAUGCCCCUGUUUGCCAAUGCUGACCCAAACUUUGUGACAGCCAUGUUGACCAAGCUCCGCUUCGAGGUCUUCCAACCCGGAGAUUAUAUCAUCAGGGAGGGCACCAUCGGCAAGAAGAUGUACUUCAUCCAACACGGUGUGACCAGCGUGCUGACCAAAGGAACUAUGGGCAUGAAGCUUUCUGAUGGAUCCUACUUUGGAGAGAUCUGUCUGUUGACCCGAGGCAGACGGACGGCCAGUGUGCGGGCGGACACGUACUGCCGUCUCUACUCCCUGUCUGUGGAUAACUUCAAUGAGGUGCUGGAGGAGUACCCAAUGAUGAGACGAGCCUUCGAGACUGUGGCCAUCGACCGACUGGACCGGAUAGGGAAGAAGAACUCAAUCCUAAUGCAUAAGGUUCAGCAUGACCUCAACUCGGGUGUCUUCAACAACCGAGAGAAUGAAAUUAUCCAAGAGAUUGUGAAAUAUGACCGUGAGAUGGUGCAGCAGGUGGACAUGCAGAGGCCUCGUGCCAUGUCCAUGUCCAACCCCCCCACGCACGGGGGCAUCUUCGCUCCUCCAGCCCCACCUCAGAGCUCAGCCAUCGCCACCCUCCAGCAGGCUGUGGCUAUGAGCUUCUGUCCCCCCAUGGCAGGCCCUCUGGUAGGGGCCGGGGCCCUGCAGUCACCCCGGAUGGUACGGAGGUUCCAGGUGAUGCAGAGCAUGUCAGCCUCCCCUCCUCCCCAGACUGAGCAGACCAUGCAGCCCCAGCUACACGCCGGUGGUGCCUUCGCCUCCGCCCUCUCCAGCCCCCCCAUCCAGAGCCCCCUAGCUGCUGGGGGACGGACAUUCCAGUACGGCCCCUCUUCUGGCUCCCAGCUCUCCCUGGUCCAGCAGAUCGUGCCCAGCUCCCCACACCGGCCCAACACCCAUAACAGCACCCGCUCUCUGCACAUGGGCAGUCUGAGUCAGGACGCCAGGGCAUUGUCUGCCUCUCAGCCCUCUCUGCCCCAGGGAGGGGCUCAACCCGUGGCCCCGAGCCCACCACAGUCCAACCGUGUUUCCUCAACCUCCAUUGGGCCACCUCAGACCCCCCCUGGCUCUGUGGGGCUCAGGAGCACUGUGACUCAUAGGAUGGUGCUGCCCCACCAGAUGUCUGUGGGGGCGUUUCCUCUAGCCUCCCUCCCGGGGACUCUGACAUCGCUGGGGACAGGCAUGGGUAUGGGAGUGGGCAUGGGAGCAGGCUUGGCGCCAGCCCAGCCGGACUCGGGUUUACCCAAAAAGGACUCCAAAGCCAGCCACCCUGAGACAGACCAUGUCAGAUCGAGGCUAUCUUCCAAUUUGUGACCUUUAUUAGAUUUCUGCAGAGCCAGGGGUUUUUGGUUGUGGGAACUGUGGAAGGUUUCGUCCUUCUACCCAAUAAUCUCCCCUCUCCCUGUCACGCGGGGCUGAAUAUGACUAUAUGCUGUGGGACCUUGGAGAGGGAGCGGGAGACCGGAGCUGAAAGACAAUGUAUAACUAACAAUAUAGUUAUUAUCAGAGGUGGGAUGUUUCUACUCCACCCACAGACAUAGAUAGUAGAUACCGGCCGUACGUAGUAGUAGCACCUUCUCCCCACAUCUCUCCUUUAUUUACUCUCUUUACUGUAACCAUAUUCAACAUAAAUAGCACGCAUCUCUCACCCACUAUUUAUAUAGUCGAACAAUACAAACUGGCAGGGACAAGAAGAAAAUCAGGAACCUGCUUCAGAUGACGGCCAUGACAUCAACGCUUUGCAGAAGUUGUUCUGGGAUUUCCUCUUUUCUCUACGGACUGGUUUUAACAAAAGUUCUACUCAUGUCACUGUAAUAUUGUUUCAGAAAACAAGAAAAUGUUUUUUUUAGACCAUGUCUUAAAUUAUUGCAUUUCUUUUUUUUUUUUUACAGGUUGGGCUUAAACAAAAUGUUGCAUUGUAUUAAUGGGAUUAAUAAUAUAUUUCUGAAAAAAAAACGAGUGGACAGAAUUUCACUGCCUUGAUUUCAACAUUUGAAGCCAUAUCCUUUGUGUGUGUGUGUGUGUGUGUGUGUGUGUGUGUGUGUGUGUGUG